UUUUUGUACAAGAAAAAAUGAUACUGAUAUAAAUUUAGUUCCAAAAAUGCAAGAAUGUGGUAUUUGGAACGAUAUUAUAGCAUCUAUAAAUUUAGUGGCAUAUCAUUCAGAAAGUUUAGUUUAUCACGUCAAUAACAAUGCAGUCGAAUCAUACAAUAGUAUUGUGGCGAAAUAUAUAGGAGGAAAAAGGAUAAACUUUUCAUUUAGAGGUUCUUAUACGACUCGCUGUCAUACUGCGCUGACUUCUUAUAACUAUGGGCCGGAAUAUUUACGAAAAUUGCAUAAAAAGGCAACAAAUUAUAGUCCAGGAAAAUUUACAAAAGCGUUUAUAUUAAAAAACAUUAAAUCUCAAAAACAAAAAGAAAUAAGAAAACCACUUCAAGCAUUCAAUUCUCGAACCAAAAAAAAAUUGAUAGAUGGACUCGACGAAGAUUAUGGUGCUGUAAAUGAAAGUUUAGGAUGUAAGCCAUUAAUACUUUCUCGUGAAGAAUUUGAGGAACAAAAAUUAGAUAUGUUAUCGCGGUUAAAACUUAGCUUACAAGAUAUUAAUAAAGUAGAACGUCGAACUACUGAACAAUCACAAUGUGAAGAGUGGAAGAGGGAACGUUCAUACAGGCUGACAGCAUCUAAUUUUGGCAAAGUAUGUAAGCUUCGAAAAAGUACAAACCGGAAAAAUACAAUUGUUUCAAUUUUAUAUGCAUCACAAUAUUUUCAUGGAACAACUGCUACCAGGUAA